AUGCUUUUCUUUUCAGCAUUAUUGUCCAAUAAAGCGUUACGUGAUCGUUAUUGGGCAUAUUAUUAUGAUAAAAAACCAUCAAAAUUUCAAACAGCGGAAUUAGAACGGAUGACUCAAGUGACAAAACGUUUGAAAAGUUUAUCGAAAGAAGAAGCAAAACACGAAUACAAUCUUGAAUUACUCGAUCUUGAGAACACUCGUAACACUUUUUCACCAUCAGCACCUAGUAGUCCAAGUUGCUUUACCGCCAUCAUAAGAAGAUCGCGUAGUUCUCAUGAAAGUUUAGAUGAAAAUGAUAAAGACGAAUUUUUAAAUGAAUUGGCUAAGUUCAGACCAACAUUCCAGACGCUCCAAUUGAAAUAA